AAAGUCAUUUUCUCUGUUACUAGAGAUAAAGUCAUCAUGUCCGUUACUAGAGAUAAAGUCAUCAUGUCCGUUACUAGAGAUAAAGUCAUCAUGUCCGUUACUAGAGAUAAAGUCAUCAUGUCCGUUACUAGAGAUAAAGUCAUCAUGUCCGUUACUAGAGAUAAAGUCAUCAUGUCCGUUACUAGAGAUAAAGUCAUUAUGUCCGUUACUAGAGAUAAAGUCAUCAUGUCCGUUACUAGAGAUAAAGUCAUCAUGUCCGUUACUAGAGAUAAAGUCAUCAUGUCCGUUACUAGAGAUAAAGUCAUCAUAGAUAAAGUCAUCAUGUCUGUUACUAGAGAUAAAGUCAUCAUGUUCGUUACUAGAGAUAAAGUCAUCAUGUCCGUUACUAGAGAUAAAGUCAUCAUGUCCGUUAAGUCAUCAUGUCCGUUUACUAGAGAUAAAGUCAUCAUGUCCGUUACUAGAGAUAAAGUCAUCAUGUCCGUUACUAGAGAUAAAGUCAUCAUGUCCGUUACUAGAGAUAAAGUCAUCAUGUCUGUUACUAGAGAUAAAGUCAUUAUGUCCGUUACUAGAGAUAAAGUCAUCAUGUCCGUUACUAGAGAUAAAGUCUAUCAGACUAUCCUUUACCAGAUUAUGGUCAUCUUGUUCAUUACCAGAGCUGGGUUAAAUUGUUCAUUACUAGACCUGGGUCAUAUUGUUCAUUACUAG